AUGGAAAGACAUUUUGCGGCGUUGAGUUUACCGGACCCGGCCAGCGAUCCAAAAAUUACGAGAGCUAUCAGUUUUUCUGAACUUCCUUCGACUCGCAGGAUUCUCAUUGAACAGUGUUAUCAGGCUGACGACAGCAGCUCUCUAGUCAGACAGUACAGCUGUGAACAGGUUUUUGACAAACGCUCCAAUUCAAGGGAGGUGAAAGUUUCUGAAAUAGUGAGAACGGGAAGUGAGAGGUGUUUGUCAAAUACUUGGACAACAAAGCUCCCUAUUCCAAUAUCUAAAGGAAAUGCGGAUUGGCACAGGAGCAAUUUUGACAAAAAGCCAAGAGUUUUAGAACCUGAAACGAGUAGAAAAAUGGAACCAAUGGAAGUGGUGGAAGUAAAUGCAAAAAUGCCUGAAAAAAGAGCACCAAAAAAGUUGAAAAAUUUGCCAACAAUGGAGCUAAACGGAAUGAGAUUUCCAGAAAUAGAGGAUUCAAGACGGUUGAUCAGAGCUUCGACUCUGGGGAGUUCUCAGAUGGUGGAAUCAAAUAAUUUCAAUAAAACACCAGUACGAUCAAGAUCGGCAUCGCCAAAAAGAAUGGCCAAUCGUUCAAUUAAAGUUGAGCCUCAGUAUUUUGAACAUCCAAAAACUACAGAACCUGCUCGUUGCGAAUACCAUGAGAGUAAAAAGAGAAUGCGUUCUUUGGUGCCAAACGUUACAACCAACUCGGAAAAUUCUUCUUCCGGCUGUUACAAAUACAUAUUUUUCUUCUUGUUAUCGAUUUCUGCAGCGAUACUGGCGAUAUGUUUCUGUUCUGAGGAUUUGCAAAGAGUGGACCAUUUAAAAAACAUAAACAUUCAAAAUAUGAGCGUAGAGUUGCGCGAGCGAAUUUACGGACAGGAAAUCGCGGUAGAUCGAUUGAUAUACGAAUUCAAAAAAAGUUCAACGCACAAAAAUUUCAUAACGUUGAUUGGUGGAACGGGUGUUGGAAAAUCUUACGCAGUUGGUAUCAUUGCCAAAUAUUUUUCCUCCCACGGAUACGUCUUUGAGUAUUUUUCUCCAAUAAGAAAAACUAUUCACGAAGUAUUUACAAAUCUUUCACGGAGACAAUGUAAUUUGGUGAUAUUGGAAAAUUUGCUGCAGAGUGAUUUCACCGAUGUUGUCAAAUUUGUUAAAUUUUUGCGAGAACACACGAAAAAUCUAUGCGUUUACACCAUCGCCGUUUAUAACCCUCAAGAAACUGGCGAUGACUUACAUCAAAACAGCUUCGAUUUGGCCGAAACCGUUCGCGAGAUAUCAUCUUUUUUACACGACAACGAACUUUGGGACGCAACUGUCAUCGCCUUCGAUGAGCUUAAAGUAAAAAGUCUGGAGGCUUGCAUUAAACAAGCUGCGGAUGAAAAAAAAAUCCAUUUGCCCGAUGAACGGUUGAUGGAAAUUCGUGACUAUUUACUGACUAGCGGAAGCGGAUGCAAAGGAGCUUUUGCCAAAGUUCAACUGCUCAUUGAAUCCUAGAUUCUUCAAAGUUUCUUAUUUCAUUCGUAAAUUCUUUGUGCAUUCGUAAAUAAUCAGUACCUACAUUACAAAAAAAUCUUCUAAAGUAAAAUAUCGGAAUGAACCACACUGGUUUGGGACUCGUCAUCCUUGAAAAGUAACAAAAGUAUUUUUACUUCAUUUCUAAAUUCGAAAAUCGUCGACGUUUUUUACAUUCAUUUGGUUUUUCCUUUUUUUUCAAAAUCAAACUUUUUGCUUUUUCCUGAGUUAUCUAAAGUUUCCUUGACUCUCAACGAUGUCGAAAUUUUCCAGUGCAAAUGAAAUUUGCUUCGUUUUUUUUACAUGAAGUGUAAUUCUUCAACGUUGGGAGAAAUUUCAUUGAUACGAGACUGUGAUUGAAUUAAGUUAGAAUAAGGAAAUAAAUUUGCUCAAUCCUACCAAUUAGGUAUGAAACUGAUUGUUCGAAAUAGUGCCUUGUUUGCACAACAUUCAUACUUGUUAGCUCUAAAUCCACUUCUUUUCAUUGAAGAAAAUUAAGUGAUCAAUGGAACUUCAUACAUCAAAAUUUCCAAUGAAUCUCAUUGUGAAUGAUUUAUUUUUCAAAUAAAACAUUUUUCAAAUACCGUUAA